AUGUCAGCAAACUCAUCCAACACCACGGAUGGAUCGGAUAUCUUCUCCACGGAAUCCCAGAGCGGGACCGUGCUCGCCGUCUCAGCAGUCCUGACCGGCCUCUCGACGGUCGUGGUCUUGCUCCGGCUUUAUACCCGCCAGUUCAUCCUGAACACUGCAGGCGCUGAUGACUGGACGAUGGGCCUCGCUCAGCUGCUGAGCAUCGCGGCGGGGACAUCAACUAUCGUAUGCGUCGUCUCAAUCAUCCGCCUCCCUAGCCUCCGAGCUGCUUCGGUGACAGAAGAUCCGACCUGGGACGGCAUCGGAGCCGCUCUCUGGACACUGACCGAGUUCAACGUCGCUAUCUUAUGCUCCAGCCUGCCGGUGCUGAGGCCACUCGUCUUCAAGUCCCCAGGGCGUGGCAGCAGAAAGACGAUCACGGCCGACGCCGCAAAGAACGCCUCCAUGCCAAAUUCGAGGUCUGACGCGAUGGAGCUGACGUCAGCAUCGCGGAAGAAAACCAUGAGGUCGACGGUGAUACUCGGGCCUAACGAGAGCUCGGACGAGCUGGUCCAUUCCACGAUGGACGAGUUGAUGUAUCUGCCUAGUGAGCCUGGCAGCAGGCCGGGUGCCGAUUACAACACCGCAGCCCUCACGGAUCUUAAUGCGGCAGAGCUGGGCCAAGGACAAGCAGUCAAGACAUGGGUAUAUAGCGUUAAACGGGAUGGAUGA